AUGGAGGGCGUGGCGGGCGAGUUCGGGUCGCGGCUGGCGGCGGGGCUGGACGCGGCGCGGCGCGUGUGCGUUCGCGGGCAGGCGUGGCGCGUGACGCAGCGCCUGCGCCUCGCUGCCGCCGAACCGCCGCCCGACGCCGCCGACGACUUCGCGCCCAACGGGUACUUUUGUGUAUAUCAAGAUCAAGAAUCAUUUGAAUUCAUUAGAAAUUGCGCGGAGAAAACACUCUUAUCAAGUCUUGAGCAAGAAGACAAACUGCCCUUUCAAGGUCUUCCAUUGGUGGUGAUGUUUGUUCAAGAUGAAAAUAUGGACAAAAAAGAACUUGCAAGGUUGCAGGAAGAGGGUCAAAAUCUCGCUGAUAAUUUACACUGUUCAUAUAUGGAGGCGUCUGUGAAUGAGCUUGGUACAGAGGCGCUAACAGCGGAUGCUAUACAAGAACUCAUAAGGACUAACCGAGAGAAGGCCAGCUAUGCUCAUCUGUACAGAGAUCUCAUUGUUUGCUUCGACUCAGAUAUAAGAAUAAUGGUGUGUAUGUUCUGUGACGAUCCAUAUUCACCGGAACGUGUGCUCAGUCCAUUAUUGCUGCAUAGAGCCUGCUUCCUUACUGGUGAUAGGUCUAUUGUCAUAGAGACAUUUCUAGGAGAUUCGAAGAGGAAAGUCGAGGUCAUUAUAUCAAGCUUUCAUGGUGCUAGUCAAUUUAGAGAGGAGUUGAUACAUGGCUUCAUACUCAUAUACUCCGCUAAGAGGAAAGCAAGCUUAGCCACUCUCAACGCGUUCUCAAUGAACAUCCCCAACCUGCCGAUACAAAUGGUGGCUGUAACUGACGGCGGUGGGUCUGCCGCUAAUGCGUUCUUCGGCACCGACCUCGGGCACGUGCUCAUCACAGAAGGCAACGCGACUGCAGAUAGGCUGGGUGCCCAUUUCACUACGUACACAUCAAGUGCGGAGAGUAAAUCGGCGUUCUACACGCCGUUCUUCAAGGAGGUGUGGGAGCGCAAGGGCGAGAUCGAGCGCGCGUUCCGCAUGGAGCAGCCGCACAACCUGCCCGACGUGGCCGCCGCGCGCCCCGCGCCGCCGCCGCGCAACCACUCCUACCACCUCGACCACAAGAUGGAACACAAGCUUACGAACUCGCUCGAUCUUCUCAUCGGUCCAGACUCGCGGGCUGACAUUGACUCCGAGUACAGUGACACAUUGAACAAUUCCAAGAAUAGGGGAUUCCUUAAGGGUUUCAGCGUUUACCCGCCGCCCAGCACUCCACCUGAACCUGCUCCGCCCGAUCACAGAAUGCACGCGGAUCUCUCACACGGCGGCGGCGCGUGGCAGCCGGCGGGCUACGGGCAGCGCGCCUUCACGACGGGCCGCUCGCGCCCGCAGCCGCCGCCUCAGCGCACGCGCCACUCGCAGACGCUCUCGCUCAAGCAACCAGGCAAGUUAGACAUGAACAAUUAUACAAUGGUCAGCGACGCACUACAGCAUAUUACAAUUGGGCCACCGCACUCGAGAGAAAGAAAGUGUGGUCGCUCGGGCUGGACGCACGCAAGCACAGCUGCCGCGCACCAUCACCACCCCUCCGGUGUCAGCUCCGAGACUGAACUCGACGCGCAGUACGCGCAGAUCAAAGAGACUAAUGAGUAUAUGGAAGCACCAUCGAUGACGAGACUGAGAAGACAUCGAAGACACGAAAAAACUCCUUUGCAUCAGCCAUCGUUCUCGGAAACAGACAGCUCCGGGUCGAGCGAGGCGUCGGGUGGCGCGGCGCGGAUGCACGCGCGGCGCAGACACAACGCGCACCACGCGCCCCGCCACUACAAGAAACGGUCGUUAGGAAACCUGGUUGCAGUACAAAGUCCGAGGGUCCCAAAACUGGGUAUGUUUGUGGGUCCACCAGAAUUGCCAACCGGAUAUCGGGCGCGACCGCAAGAGGAUAAAGCGGGGAGCGAGUCGAGCGACGGCAGCUCGGACGGCGAGUCGCGGCGGCCGCGUCCGCUGCCGCCGCCGCCACAUCACGACGCGCACAAGCUGCUGUCCGGCGAGUAUCCUUCCUCUGCGCAAGACAACUCUUCGUCGAGUGCAGCGGACUCGCGGCGGAGAGCACAGCCUUUCAGCAAGCACGAUCGAAGACAUAAGGAAUUCUCUAAAAGCAAAGACUCCAAGAAAAACUCUUCGCAAAUAACGAAUACGCAAUCAAUACAAAACUGGGGACCACAGGGGUCUCACGGAGUGCCGUUAUUCGUCGAGAAGUGCGUGGAGUUCAUAGAAAGAGAGGGGCUCGCUUCAGAGGGACUUUACAGAGUCCCCGGCAACAGGGCACAUGUCGACAUGCUCUUCAAUAAGUUCUAUGAAGAUCCAAAUGUAGAUUUAGAUUCGCUAGAUAUCCCAGUGAACGCCGUCGCCACUGCGCUCAAGGACUUCUUCUCGAAGAAACUGCCACCGUUACUGGAUGAAGCCAGCAUGUCGCAGUUAGAAGAUAUUGCUGCGAUGCGCGGCUGCAUCGCGGGCGGCGUGGAGUUGAAGGACCGCAGCUGGCGGCUGCUGGCGCUGCGCGGCCUGCUUGGCUCCGCGCUCACGCCCGCCGCGCGCGCCACUCUCGACUACCUGCUGCACCACUUCGCCAGGGUUGCAGACAAUUCUAAGUUGAAUUCCAUGGACAGCAAGAACCUGGCGAUCUGUUGGUGGCCGACGUUGCUCCCCGUUCAGUUCUCGGACAUGGGCCGGUUCGAGAUGACGCGGCCGUACCUAGAGGACAUUGUACAGACGAUGAUCGACCAGCAUCCGUUCCUUUUUCGCGGACAGGAGGCAUUCGUCAUGGUGUGA